AUGGGUUCCGGUUACGAGAGUUACCCAACUAAACCGAUGGAUCGAGCGUGGACGAAUAGGCUUGUAGAGAUAACCGAGCUGGACGAUCUCGUCAAUCUCUUGCUUAGUGAACAUCCCACUACCAGGACACAGAAAGUUGAGCAAGGAAAUGGAACCUCAAUGGGGAAGACUACGUUUGAGCCAUGGGAGAGAAAUGACAUCUCCUACGCCAUAACCUUGUUCUGUGAUGGAAGACAUUGA